AGUAUGCUCUCUGAUUUAACGGACUCAGUCAACGCAGUGAUGAAAAAAAAAAAAAAAAAGAGGGAGGGGAGGAAAAGAUUUGGAUCAUGUGGCCACGAAGUCAUUCUGAAAGUAUGCUGGUGUGGUAUUGCCCACAAAAAUAUAAAAGCCCCUCACAGUGAGCGUUCGUAUCCCUGCAGUGAGCAUCAUUUUCGGAGCUUUGAGUCAAUAGGCAGCGUCUGGCUGGUGGAUACAAAACAGGAGACGAGCGGGUGACGACAGCAAAAAUGUCUGAUCAAAGCGUGGACUUGUUAACCACUGAGAGGAGCACGCCAAGUCCAUUUUCCAACAGUUCUACCCUCACAGACAACAACUUCACCAUCACGGACACCUCCACCUCAGUCUCCCCUUCCUCUGUGUUAGAUGAAAUUGCAGCCAGUGACGUAACCUCCAGAGCAAACUAUGUCUACAGUUUUUUUGCAGGUCUGGGCUUCAUGGCAGGCUGCUUCCUGCUCUACAGCUUCAUCCACACCUACAGAGCCCACAGACGAAUGGCCUGGCUCGACUAUCUGCUCUGGGCCUUUUGUGGCUUCCAGCUGCUGCUCCUGCUCCUCUCUCUCCAUGCUGUGGCCUACAGACCUGACCACCUGAGGACCACAGCUCUGGGCUGCGCCGCUCUCUCCUUCAUCAUCAACACAGUUACUCUGUGCGGCCUGUUCGUAUUAGUGCUCAUGGCUUAUGUGCUGUCCCUUGAUCCGCCCUCCAACGCCCUGCUGCGGAAACCUGGGGUCUGUGCGGCUCUGGUGAUCCUGAUUUCUGUCCUGAUCUCUUUGCUGCUGGCUGGGAUUCGUGGACCCAGGGAUCGUCUGCAGGAAAAGACAAUCUGUUUUAUGGAUCCGGUCCAAGCUGGUGUCUCGUAUCCAGCAGCUAAGAUGUGCCUGGCUUUUCUGAUUCCCUACAUGCUCCAAUUAGGACUUCUGAUAGGUGGCUGUGUCCGGCAGUGGAAAUCUAAAGGACGCUUCCUCUCCGGUUUAGAGGAGGGUCCCGUGUUCCUGACAGUCACUGUGGUCAUGUUUCUCUGCCUGCUGUUCUACAAUGUGGCGCUGGUGAGAGGAGCACUACUGCAAAGUAGUAGUAAACAUGAGCAAGCGUUUCUGAGCGUGGCUGAGUUUGUACUGUUCUCGGGGAGCAGUGCCAGCCUGCUGCUCGUGCUGUUCAUGCACAGGCCAUGUCGAGAGAGUCUCCAGGGAGUGUUUAGGCAGCUGAGGGUCUGCUGUCGAAGCCCAGGGCGCACACAGCCCAACAGAAACAUCAUUGCACCACACAUCGAGAUCACAGACACCCUGCAGGACAUAGAGUCAUAAGCCUCUUUUAAACAGACAUCCUGCUAUAUUACCAUUAAGAAGACCCCUCAUAAUGCCGGCUUUGCUUGUUUACACUGAGUGUAAACAAGCCGGAGUAAUGCUGCCCCAGUGUGUGAUUUUAGACUGCAUGCCGACGUUCUGGAAUCAGAGGUGUGUCAUCUAACACAACAGCGUUGGCGUCUGUCCCUCUUUUACACAGACAUCAUACCAGCUCUGUGACUACCUCUGCUGCUGCCCCCACCCCCCGUGUUCGUGCCUUUUAUACAAAAUGGCGAAGCAGUAUAAAGAUGCAACAUUCCCACCUUCAACAGGCUUUAUAAAAGGGGCUAUAGAAGACAAAAACUCUCCAACAUGAGGACAGAACUCUUCUGAAUCAAAUUAAUGACUUUUGAAAUCGGAUGUAUUAGACAUUUUCUUAAGCUAAGUUUUAACAAGCUUUUGCUGUUUGUUUUUCUCUUAAUUGACUGUGUAAAUGUUUUUAUAUACAUGCAUUCUCCUUUUUAGUGUCUCCAGUGACUGAAAGUUUGUAAAACUAUUUUUCAAAUUUAAUUUUUUCGUACAUUUGUAUUUUACAAAAAAUAAAUGUUUUG